CUCUGCAGUGAAGAGAAGCGACAAGGUAGGCUGUCAUUCUGCAAAAGCUGUCCAUAGUAAGCUUUCCUCUCUGAGAAGUAUUGCUGUUCCUUUUUAGAAAGGCUGAAUCUAAAUGCUGUCUCUGGAGACCAGAAGCCUUCAGUAUGUUAAAUUACUUUCAUUAUGUAUUUUCAGAUGCUUAUUGAUUCUACAAUAGGAUGAGUGGGAGACUGCAGCAGCCUCUAAAGCAGCACUACAUGUAUACAUUAGCAGUAUGCUGAAACAAUGGCACAGCACAGGCACAAAUUUUCAUUAAGGUCAUUUUUUGAAGAAAUGCUUAUGACCCUCUUUCCCCUGUACUCUGCUAACAAGUGAACAACAUGAAUCCCUCAAAACUGGAACUGCUUCAUCUGCAUCGAGAACUGAUCAAAUCCUUAGUAGAGGGCAUGCAGCAUCUAAUUCAGUUUUACUACUGACAAUAUGAAGAAUGCAAUUGACUGGACAUCUUUCUAGCUGUCUGAUCUACGAGCUGCAAGAUGUACUUAUAAUAUAUAGUCUUAAGAAAUGAAGGAAUUAGAAUAAAAACAUGGAACAGGUUCUAUUUCUACGUAAGUGUUUAACACUUCAACAAUAUACAUAGAAGAUUAGCACAUCUGCUCAUAUUUUCAUGAAAAGAAGAUUAAUAUAAUGGUUUAUUCCUAAAACAAAAUGGUGAGCAUAUCUUAAAAAGGGAUUUAUAAUUUAAAACCAGAUUUAUGGAAACUACUGAUUCAUGAAGAAACAAUGAAACAUGAAUUCCCAAAAGGAGACUGUGCAUACUUCAUCAGCAAGCUAAACAAGGCUUUAAUCAAGCUUUUUCUACACUACAUAUUAAGUCACUUAUUUGUCAUAAUGACUAAUGGAUAUUUUUUCUCUGAAUUUUAUGACCUGUUAUGUAUUCUCCUUUAAUGAAAAUAAACCAAAUUAAGCAGUCCAUGGUUUUCAUCAAAGCACAUGAACUGGAUUUUACAAUGUAAAACAACUUAUGUGACAAAGCCAUCACUCUAAAGUAAUGAGAAGUAUUAUAAAACCAAAUGUGCAAUUGUAACUAAAGGAUGCCUAAAUAUAUUUUUGAAGCCAGAAAUUGGAUGUGUCUGUUUUUAUUUUCAUUUAUCCUGGAAAAUAAAAAUAUACUGCCAUGAGAUACAAAGGGGGAAAUAAUUUAAUGUCACUUAAAAGAAGUUUUGUUUUUACUGGUGGCUUUAAAAAGCAGAACAACCAACCAAUAUGCACUGGUCUGUAGAAAUAUUUCAGGAAAUUAAGUCCUUUUGUUCAAUCACAAAAUCUUGCUGCUGAAGUGUUGGAACCAAAAAAAAAGAAAGAAAGGAAACAUUCUGCAAGGGAUGAAAUAGAGCACAGCUACAACUCAGCUGCCAGGUGAAAUGCAUGUCAAAAUUCUGUCAGUGACACCAUGUAUCAAUUUAUGACAAGCUGCUACAGUGAGCUGAAAGGCCCUUGAGGCAACAGAAAACAGGACAAAAACAACUGCAACAAAAGAAUGUGCUUCUCUCCCAUUCCGGAAGUCAACAUGCAGUCUGAAUCUAACAUUACAGUUCAAGAUGCCAUUGAUGACAUCAACACCAAUAUGUACCGAGCACUGUCAUAUCCAUUAAGCUUUCAAGUUUCUCUCACUGGAUUUCUGAUGUUAGAAAUUGUGUUGGGACUUGGCAGCAACCUCACCGUGUUGGUACUUUACUGCAUGAAAUCCAACUUAAUCAAUUCUGUCAGUAACAUUAUUACAAUGAACCUUCACGUACUUGAUGUAAUAAUUUGUGUGGGAUGUAUUCCUCUAACUAUAGUUAUCCUUCUGCUUUCACUGGAGAGUAACAGUGCUCUAAUUUGCUGUUUCCAUGAGGCUUGUGUUUCUUUUGCAAGUGUUUCAACUGCAAUCAACGUUUUUGCUAUCACUUUAGACCGAUAUGAUAUCUCUGUAAAACCUGCAAAUCGAAUUCUGACAUUGGGAAGGGCUGUGAUGUUAAUGACAUCAAUAUGGAUUGUCUCUCUUUUCUCCUUCCUGAUUCCCUUCAUUGAAGUCAAUUUUUUCAGUCUUCAAAGUGAAAGUACUUGGGAAAAUAAGACUCUUUUGUGUGUCAGUGUAAAUGAAUACCACACUGAACUAGGAAUGUACUAUCAUCUCCUAGUACAGAUUCCAAUUUUUUUCUUCACUGUUAUAGUAAUGCUAAUUACAUACACCAAAAUACUCCAGGCUCUUAAUAUUCGAAUAGGUACAAGAUUUACAACAGGACAAAAGAAAAAAGCCAGAAAGAAAAAGACUAUUUCUUUGACUACACAACACGAGACUACUGAUGUGUCACAAAGCAGUGGCGGGAGAAAUGUAGUCUUUGGCGUAAGGACUUCAGUUUCAGUAAUAAUUGCCCUACGGCGAGCUGUAAAACGACAUCGUGAACGACGGGAAAGACAAAAGAGAGUCUUCAGAAUGUCCCUGUUGAUUAUUUCAACGUUUCUUCUCUGCUGGACACCCAUUUCUGUUUUAAACACUACAAUUUUAUGUCUGGGCCCAAGUGACCUUUUGGUAAAGCUGAGAUUAUGUUUUCUAGUUAUGGCAUACGGAACAACCAUAUUUCACCCUCUACUUUAUGCAUUCACUAGGCAAAAAUUUCAGAAGGUCCUGAAAAGUAAAAUGAAAAAACGAGUCGUUUCAAUAGUGGAAGCAGAUCCCAUGCCGAAUAAUGCUGUAAUACAUAACUCAUGGAUGGAACCUAAAAGGAACAAACAGAUUAAUUUUGAAGACAAUGAAGUAAGGCAGAAAUGUUUAGUACCUCAGGUUGUCACUGACUAGAUUUCAGUAAAGUAUUCACCAAAUCAUCCAAGAGGAAAUAUAUGAACAAACUGUAGAAAAUACUGCCAAAUAAGGGAAACUUUUUAAAUAUUGGCUAGACUGUACAUUUUCAAUAUAUAAUAUAGAUUAGGCCUUGUAUAUUCAAUUUCUUCAUUACUUAAUAUACAUGUUGCAUGGCAGUUUGAGUAAUAUCGUGUAUAUUUGUCAAAAGAUAUUAAUGUAAGUCAUAUUUUCUAAAAAAUAAAUAGCCUUAAAGCAGUGUACACUUUUAAAAACAAA